UUGGGUUUCCCGGCUGUUUUCACCUAAUAUUAAAAGAUUCACUAUUCGCUCAAUAAACAUCAGAACGAGUUCAAAACUUCAGGAUAUGAUUAAUUUUCUCCGCGAAACAUGAUUAUAAGACCGAAAACUCGAAAAAGCAUAUUUUGGUUAUUGGAUUUUCCAGAAAACCUUAGGGUUUUGUAAAAUUUCUUUUGAGAUCUCCGAUAAAUAGGAUAUAGAAUAGCUUAAAAGCUCUACAUUCUGAAAAUUUGAACUUCUAUCAAAAGUUAUUAGAAAAACAACGGAGUCCAUUCUAUUUUGGUACAGACAGUACAUGCUGUACGGAUCAUUUUCGGCGCAUGUGUAGGUGUAUGACAACAGAAUAAAAGGAUAAUCGAAAAUGGAGUCAUAAAAUCUUAUUGAGAUCUUACUAAGAUAAUUUUAAGAAGUGUUUAAGAUUCUUACUGGGAAUCUUACACAAGCGAAAGAAGCGACGAAAUAUAAAUAACAAUUCGCAAAUUUGUUUUUUUCUAUCAGGAAAUGAAUUAUAGUUUCAGUAUCUGUAGUAUUAUAUAGAAUGAAUCAGAUCAUUAAUAAAAACGGUAUCUAAUGAACAUUGUUUUUCUUGAAUGAUGGAAAAAUUCAAAAACUGGAUUGAAAUAAAUAUCGUUAUUUAUGGAGAUAUUGUAGAAAAGUAGUGUCAUAACUAGUAGACAGAUUUAGCCCACCCACCUCAUAGUUUUGACUAGAUUUUAAGAACGAAAUCGUCUUGAACGAUUUUUGUCCUAUACUUCGCGUCCCGUAUCCGUUUAUAUCCCCACUACAAAUAUUCUGGCUAAAUAAUUAUGAAUGUCUUGCCUGUUAUCUAACAUCUAAUUACAUUUAAUAGUUCUGUAACAGUUUUGGUAGUAUCUUCAUCAAUAUCUUUCUUAAAACCUCAGAUAUAUAGAUCGAUUCGUUUACUAUAUUGCUUUUUGAAUCAUUGCUUUUAUCUUCUAGUUGUUCUACAUAAUUUUGUAAAUAAUUGUGAUUACUCGCGUUCAUAAAACUCAUAUUAUUUUCAUACCAUCUGUAAAACAGUUUCAAUGAGCAUUAAUGAUGAUGUUAAUACAUUCUUUCCACAUAUCCUGACAAAACGACCAUUAUGUAACUAUGUCAUAUAUAAACAAUAGAAUUUUUUCUACUUUCGUCAGCUUAAUUUUUUUGUUAAUAUUACUAGUGAAAAUUGAAGAUUAUGUUGACGAUGUUGUUAACUUUGUGGAUUUUAUUCUUCUAAUAAUUCGGUGUUUAUUCUACGACUUUUCUAUAUCUUUACUUGGAGAAUGAUCCACUUAUAUUAAAAAUAAAAAGGGUAUGGUUUUAUAAACAUUUGAACAUUAGUAAACGUAAUCAUCAUCUUUUAUGAAACCAUGAAAACAAAUAAGAAAAAAUUUGAUUUGAUUUUCUUCUAGGAAUAUGUGAUCGCCCAGCUAUAUGUGGUCCAUCAAGUGCUUUGUGUUCAGAAACUGGUAAUUCUUCUCAAGGAUAUUAUUCAUGUUUUUGUUCGAACGGUCAAUAUUUAGUUGGAAAACCUUGCCCAUAUGACGCAACAACGACGAUACCAACAACACAGGAACUAACGACAGGGCAGCAAAUGACAGGGGGACUAACGACAGGGCAACAAAUGACAGGAGGACUAACGACAGGGCAACAAAUGACAGGAGGACUAACGACAGGGCAACAAAUGACAGGGGGACUAACGACAGGGCAACAAAUGACAGGGGAACUAACAACUGAGGAGAGACCAACGACAAUAGGAGUUAUUGCAGUGACAACCGGAUCAUAA